AUGUUCAGAUGCACUGCACUGAUUGGACGCUGCCUGCAACAGACACAGCUGGCCAUGGAGCGGCCUAUGGAGUUCGACAUGCCUGACAAAGAUUUCCUCAUCGUCGCGCUUGACCUCCUCUCCGGACUCGCCGAAGGAUUGGCCGAACACAUCGAUGCGCUUGUGGGACCGAGCCAAAUCAUUGCCCUCGUCUAUCAGUGCUCAGUUGUGAGAUUUUGCACUCUUUCUACUUUCUAA